AUGGGGGACGCGAGUGAUGGCCGGAAUGAGAUUCAGAUGGAGGACUCAGAGCUUGCGCAGGAGCCUAUGAAACAGACAGAGGCGCCACCGAUACGUAAGCCCACGUUUAAGGAGAAAGUGUUGGGAGUCAAGCCAGUUUUGAUUCCGGAGGAAGUGGAUUUGCUGGAGACUGGGGUGAUGAAGAUGGAUCUCGUGGAAGGCAAUCGGCUAUUCCCGUCUUUUGACAUGGAUGACACUGCGUAUAAGUCUAUUUUCCAUCCGUUUGAAGAUUGUUUGGUGAUUAAGCUCUUGGGAAAGAAGAUUGGCUACCGAACUCUGUGUGAGAGAUUGAAGUCCCUAUGGAAACUGCAUGGUAGUUUUGAAGUCAUUGAGGUUCAUAAUGGGUAUUUCUUUGUGAAAUUUGAUUCACAAGAGGAUAAGGUGAAGGUUCUCACUGGAGCGCCAUGGAUGAUCUUUGAUCAUUACUUAUCAGUGAAACCGUGGACGUCGGACUUUGUGGCGGCGGACUCUAAGAUUAAUACGACGGCUGUAUGGAUUCGUAUACCUGGGCUCGGACUACAGUUCUAUCAUAGGAAGAUAUUGAUGACGCUGGCCAAGGGUGUGGGGAAGCCAAUCAAGGUUGAUAUGAACACUGUCGAUAUGCAUAAGGGUCGCUUUGCUCGCGUGUGCGUAGAGAUUGACUUGAGUGAACCGGUGGUGGGAAUGAUUCGAUUGCGUGGUACUUGGUAUAAAGUGGAAUACGAAGGCCUGCAUUUGUUGUGUGGAGCUUGUGGCUGUUAUGGCCACUUAACUCGCAACUGCUCGGCGUCGCCGGUGCAAACUCAGCCUAAGCAACAGGCUGAAGGGGUUCCUAACGCGGCGGUGGCUGUAACAGUUACUGAGGUGAUGACGGCGCAGGUUGACACGCCAGCGGGGCAGUCACAGGGGUGUGAAACCCCUAAUUUGCAAUCAGCCGAGAUUCAAGGGAAUAAUAAUGUUCCUGAGAAAUGCCCGGACUCAGCACAUGGAGAGUGGCUGAAAGUGGAAAGAAAAAGAAACAAACCUAAGAAAGUGGCACCAAGUAAGGAGGAAUAUUUCCAGUUCACUGGGAAAGGAAACAAAUCCAAAGCUGCAGGGAAUACAUUGGGGGUUAGCAAAAAAGGUGGCAAUAAUAUCUCCAAUGAUUUGCCAACUGCUAGUAAUAAGGAGUAUUCCUAUUCUAGUGGUUCAGUACAAUACCGUAAACGUCCUCGGAAUGCAAAGCCGCAGACAUUAGGAAACAAUGGAACUGGGCAUGGAGAGAAUAACAUGCAUGUAGGUUUGAUGAAUGAUGGUGGAAUUCAAGCCAAGCAGAUGAGUCAGCAGCAAGGCCAGACGAGGAAAUUAAUUUUUCCACAAGGGACCCCGUUGAGUGGUGCAACCAGUAGUGGGCAUGGAGGGUUGCCGCCGGUGGGUAAGACCAGACCCGAUAAUGGGGAAGCUCCUGGAGCUCAGCUUUUGGGCAAUGCUUCUAUGGAACGCAGAACCUUUGACAACAUAGUCUUGCCAAAGGAUGUUAUCUUUAAAGAUCAUGGUGGAGCAUGA